ACGUCUCGCUCCCCGCUGAGAAGAAGAUCGCUGCGGGUGUUGUAUUGUGGGGCACAGAAAGAACAGAGGUUCUCUCUUCGACACAUUCUUCACUACAGUAAUCUCCUCCUCAUAGGCUGAGCGUGCUCUGUGGGAAUUACAACUUGGCUUCUGAAAAGACAACAUGCCUCGGUCAUUUCUUGUCAAGAAGUAUUUUUCCAGCAAGAAACCAUGCUACAGAGAAAGCCUGUUGUUGGACAGCCAAACUGCUUUUGUCCCGGAAAGCUUCCCACGGGCUGCUCUUCCGACUCAGAACCACAGCUCUGCCCUCACCUGCUACCCCGCAGUUCCAUUCACGCCAUUGCCUGCUCCCCUUUCCCCGAUUGCCCCGGCAUCCCUCCCUCCGUCACCACUCGGGCCUCUUGAUCUCAGUAGCUCUCCGUUCAGCAGCAGUGGCGAGGAGGACGAAGACAACGGUCGUUCUUCGGACCCCCCGAGCCCGGAUGCCCUCCAAGCCGUCUACCACUGCAUGUACUGCGCAAAGAGUUACACCAGCCUCUCGGCUCUGUCCCACCACCAGACGUCCCACCUGUGUGUCCCGUCGCUGCCCGCUGAGGCGUCUGCGUCCAGGCCGGCCUUCCAUUGCAAACACUGCCCGAAGGAGUACACCAGCCUGGGCGCCCUGAAGAUGCACAUCCGCUCCCACACGUUGCCGUGCGUGUGCACCACCUGUGGCAAAGCCUUCUCCAGACCGUGGCUGCUGAGGGGACACAUCCGCACCCACACAGGCGAGCGCCCGUUUGCUUGUCAACACUGUACCCGGGCCUUCGCCGACCGCUCCAACCUGCGGGCACACCUGCAGACACACUCGGAAGUGAAGAAGUACCAGUGUGGCUCCUGCUCGCGCACCUUCAGCCGCAUGUCUCUGCUGCACAAACACAACGCCUCGGGAUGCAGCAGCCCCACCUCUUAGACGGAACCACAUUCCCUGUUUCCACCCGAAGGACUCUUCUACGACUACUUGAAUGCAUUUUUGAUUUCAGAACUGAGAUUUCAAAUGGGCAGCGGCCUGUCAACAGUGUGAGCAUGUAGGACAUGAGAGCAGCUGGACAUGCGGUUAAAUCCCAGGAAACUCCCAUUGGUGCCGGCCGGGCCGGAACUCUGGCCAUGCUGCAGCUGCUUGGGGGUGUUUUUGGUGUGUAUGCGUGGAUGCCAUUCCUUAUUAUGCAUACAAGAUGUAUAUGUGUGUGUGUGUGGUGUGUGUGUGUGUGUGUGUGUGUGUUGUGACAGCUGCCUGUGAAGGUGGGCGACAGGUGACCUCCACUCACCCCAUGUUCUUGACCAAAGGACCCAGUUUGCUUCACCAAAAUUUCUCUGGUGUCUUCAUGGUGCAUGUGCUUUUAAUUUUUUGACAUAAUUUUAUUCAGCAUUUUUUUUCAUGAUGUUUGUGCAUUUGCCUCCCCUCCAUCACAUGUAAAUAAAAGCUUUGUUGUAGAACAAAAUG